AUGACUGGUCCUGGUGAAGUCAAGAAAAUUGCCAUUGUCGGCACCGGUCCUGCGGGCGCAAUUGUGGUAGAUGUCUUUGCCCAAGAGAGGGCCUUUGAUGUCAUUCGCGUGUUUGAGCGCAGAGAAAAACCUCGUGGCUGUUGCGUGGAGCAUACAAAGGGAUAUCAACACCCCGAGAAGUACCGCGACAAGAGAGUCAUAACGAUAGGAGCCUCGGUAUCCGCGGCGGAUGCAGCUUUCAGCCUGGCCGGUAUUGCGCAAACGCCGGUCCACGCCGUCGUGCGCGGUAAGUAUAACGGCUAUUUUGGAGACGAAGCAUCCAAGCACCCGAGAAUUCAACGCCAUUCCCCUAUUGAGAAGGUAUUUAGUGAAGAUGGCCAGCGGACCGUUCUCUUCGCAGAUGGAACGUCCGUUCCUAAUGUCGACCAUAUCAUAUUGGGCAUAGGGUACUCGUGGCCCCUAUCGUUCCUACCGCAAAUUCCCCUGAGGAACAACCGCGUCCCGGAUCUAUAUCUCCACAUUUUUCAUCAGCAGCAUCCCACAUUGGUGUUCGUCGGAGCGGUUGCAGCUGGCUUCACAUUCAAGGUCUUUGAAUGGCAGUCCGUGCUGGCCGCUCGAGUAUUAGCCGGUCGGGCUGCGCUGCCCGGGUUAGAAGAGCAGCAUAAAUGGGAAAAGGAUCGGAUUCGGAAGACGGUCGACGGCGUGCCAUUCACACUAGUUAGCCCAGACUUCGAGGAAGACUUCGAAACGCUUCGGAGGAUGGCAGGAACGCCAGCUUCAGGCCAGCCCGGGAGACGGCUCCCACUGUUUGAUCGUAGAUGGGUCGAAACGUUUGCCGCCAGUCAUCAGCGUAGAAUUGACAUGUGA